AUGCAGCGAGCCAGCGCCCGCGCCCUGCUCUGCCUCGCCCUGGCCGCGCUGCUCGGCCCGCCCGCCCAGGCGUGGUACAGGCAGGCAGCCGGACCCAGCGCCUACUCGGUGGGCAGAGCCUCGGGACUCCUGUCCGGGAUCCGCCGCGCGCCCCACCUCCGCCGCGCCGAGAACUGGACAGACAGCGCCGAGCGCCGCGCCGCGCCGCUGCCCCCAGAGCCGCCGGGCCCCGCGCUCCGGAGCACGGCUCUGUGUGUGAAGGACCUUGCCCUGGAGCUGCCCAACUGCCAGCUGCUGUCUGGAGCCCCUAGCACCAUCCAGUGCAAGGCUGAUGUCACCAUCUCCCUGGACCCCUCAGACUGCAACAGCACCUAAUCCCCCUGCCAUGGGGGAGCAGCACCCUAUCAUCUGCAUCUGACAAUAAAGGCACCUUUAAACCAUCUCCUCUGUCUCCUGCCUGGGGGGGAGAGGGGGUGAGAUGCCAGCCCCAGGAGCGCUCUGCCCCCACGGUUCUGUGCACACCUGCUUCCCCCUGAAGGGACCUGCCUUCCACCCCUGCUCACCCCUUGGGGAUCCCUGAGGGGCUGUGCUAGAAGGGAGGGGCCCCAGCUAGGAACUUGCCCUCCACCCCACCAGCCAGGGCAGGCUGAGCAUCGCCCCAGCCCCAAACACCACCCCUCAACCUGGGACCAAUCACUCUGGCCAGCCAGGGAGAAUGCAGGACUCAGGCCCCAGCAGCUCCCAUUCAGGGCCAGCUUUAGGUCUAUUCCACCAAUUCCCC